AUGCAACAAGACGACGGUAAGAAUUGUAAUGUCACAGCCGUUGGGGCGAACGGCCUACAGACGACCGGCGGAGAUCACAAAAUUCAACUUUACGAUGAAGAGGUAGACAAACUGAUCGAAUGGUUGCGGAACAUGCCUCAUUUGCCAAACAUUAAUGACCGAGCAUGGUUGCGAAACUGUUUUAUUGGACGAAAACUCCGAAUAGAGAGGACAAAAGAAUCUUUGGAUGGAUAUUUUUGCUGCAGAGCGCUGAUCGACGAAUUUUUCGGCGUCCGCGAUCCGCUCGGAGAUGACGUCCAGACGGCGAUGCGAAAAACGUGGUUUGGGUUUUCUACCAAUUUGACGGACGACGGUUACCAGGUCAUAGUGACGAGAAAUCUCACUGACGAAGACGUUCCAGGCAGAUAUUUAGACCAAUGGACAAAAUACUUUUACAUGUGCAUCGACUGGAACUUGAAGCGGGAAACGGUAAACGGCGUGAUCAUUAUUUACGACAUGGCCACGACGAACAAAAACGAAGUACUCACUCAAGUGACGCCGAAUUUUCUUAGAAAGUCCUUACAAUGUUCGACAUUUUUCCCGUACAAACUUAUACAAGUCCACUUCAUAAACGUACCAUCAUACGCAGCUGUAGUGUUCAAUAUUUUAAAGUCUCUGGUUCCCAAAAAAAUUCAAUCUCGAAUAUUUAUGCACAAUAACCCGUCCGAUGUACUACAACAUAUCCAAAAAGAAUGCGUUCCAUCAGAUUUAGGAGGUUGUGAUAAAUCUAUCCGAGAACUGGGUGAAUUCUGCAAGGAGAACAUUAUAGCGGAAAGAGAAAUGUUCAUGAACGGAAUACUUUCAUUAAAAGCGGACAUGGACAAAAAACCGAAGGAUACAAACAGCAAUGAACAAUCGGAACUCUUCGGAUUUGAUGGGAACUUCAAACAAUUGAAUAUCGAUUGA